AUGGCUACUGUAAGAGGUUUUAUUGCAUUGUCAGCUUCAAGAAACUGGGAUUUAUGGCAGUUAGAUGUGAACAACGCCUUUCUUCAUGGAGAUCUUUAUGAAGAAGUCUAUAUGAAGAUGCCCGAAGGCAUUCCAAAUCCAUCUAAUCAGCAUCUUGAUCAUGUUUUUAGCAUAAAAGAUAUAGGCAAGCUUAGCUUCUUUCUUGGGAUUGAAAUAGCUUAUACCUCUGAAGGCAUCACAUUAACUCAACACAAGUUCACCAAGGAGUUACUUCAAGCUGCUGGCAUCUCUACUCCUAAGCAAGUAGCGACCCCUCUUCCUUUACACCUCACGUUAUCUAUUGAUUCUGGUGUUCCUUUCUCUGAUGCGACCCUUAAUAGAUGCCUAGUUGGAAAGAUCAACUUUAUAACAAAUACCAGGCCUAAUCUUAGCUACACAGUACAGACUUUAAGUCAAUACAUGCAUGCUCCAACCGUCUCUCACUACCAAGCUCUUCUACAUGCCUUGAACUAUGUGGGAUGCACAUCUGGCCAUGGCAUUUUACUCAAAGCUUCAACAUCUAUCUCCUUACAGGAUUUCUCUAAUAAUGAUUGGCGGGCAUGUUCAGACAUAAGAAGAUCUAUUUCAGGGUAUCUUGUCCAACUUGGCCAAUCUCCUAUAAGUUGGAAAAGCAAGAAACAAGCUACAAUGUCUAAAUCAUCAUCAGAGGCAGAGUAUAAAGCCUUAGCUUCAGCUGUAUCUGAAGUAACCUGGAUGAUUAGGCUCCUAGAAGAACUUGGAGUGACAAAAAUGCAACCUGUCACACUCCGUUGUGAUAAUCAAAGUGCUUUGCACAUUGCAAAGAACCCCGUGUUCCACGAAUGA